CUCGUGGCGAGAGCGGACGAUCGACCAUUUACUGCUGCCAGAGCUUUUCCCCGUCGGCUCAGCGCCCAGAUAAGAAACAGAGACGAAACCGAAAAAUAAACAAUUCACAUCAUACGAAUUAAUUUGGCACGAAUUAAUUUGCGUAACGGAACUGCUCACUUAACACACUUUAAUGUCCAUCCAUCGCUCACUGCUCGCUGGUGUCGUGCGUCUCGUGCAAUAAAACGGAAUAGGCUUGAAUUAAUAAAUUAAUCUGCAAUCAACUUUUCGAAAUUAUUCCAAUUGGAACACGUGUGUGCGCGUAUAUAAAAAUAUAAAUAAUAAUAAUAAUAGAAAUAUUUGUAUCGUGGAAAUGACUCUCUUACCCUGUGCCAUCUGACAUUUCCACUGGAUUCAGCAGGAUCCACAUUUCCAGGAAUUGGAAGUCGCAGGAGCAGCGACCACACCAGCCACAACACUUGGAAUAUGUUGUAUAAUGUACCGUGCUACCAAAACUUUUCAACACUGGAUUACUACAAAGUUAAACGUCCCAAGACCGAGCACACGGAUACACAUGAACGCAACCGCCUCUGCAAUCUGUCACAGCAGCAACAGCAACAGCAGCAACAGCAGCACCAACCCCAACAACAACAGCAGCAGCAACAGUCGCAGCAGCAACACACGCAGCAGCAGCAACAGCAGGCAACACAUCCCAGCACCGUGUUGGCCAGCAAUGGACCUAGUAGCGCCGGUGCCAGCAUGGGCGUCGGUGUGGGCGUGGGAGUGGGCGUGGCCGGACAGUGCAGUCCACUGGGACUGCCGCCACAGAGCCAGCCGCUGCAGCCCACAAUUGGAUCGCUGGCCUCGCUGAGCGGACACUACUCGAACGGGAACAACAAUCCGAAUGUGAAUCCGAGCAGCUGCAGCCUGGCAGCAGCCUCCAGCUUCUCGCAGUCCGUGAGCAGCAGCUUCUCCACAUAUCAGCAGGCGGGUAGUGGCGGCCCAGGCGAGGAUGUGGGCGUAGGCGGAGUGGGUGGAGCCAAUGUGAUGUCUCACUGGUCGCAUGACGCGACUGCCUCGAGUGCGGCUGUCAAGUCAGAGUCACGCAGUCCGGGUCAAGUGCAUCCUGCGUUGGACAAUGGUUCCGUGACCAGUGUCAGUGGCUCCAAUCUCUAUGGCUGCAGCUCGGCCAGCUCCAAUCCCCUGGACGGCGGAGCGGCCACAGUCAACUCCUCCGCGGUGGCGGCAGCUGCAGCGGCUGUGUAUGAUGGCAAACAUGAUUAUUACUACUACAACAGCAUGCAACAGUAUACGCCGCCACCGUUCUACUCCGGCUAUGGAGCUCCAUAUGCGGCAGCGACGGCGGCCAGGCAGGCCAAGAUGGAGCCAGGAGCAGCAGCGGCGGCGGCCUACCUCACGCCCAGCUACGCCUCCAGUGGCAACAACAACUCGCAGCUGUACAGCAGUCCCUAUGCCGGCUACAACAACUUCGGGCAGCAGGACUACAGUGGUUACUACAACGAGCAGUAUGGCAACUAUUACAGUCCGGCCAACUACUCACCGUACGCGGUCAGCUCGCCCAGCUCAAGCGCCAGCCAUGGACAUGGAUUCCAUGUGGCUGCCUCCUCGAAUCUCUCCGAGAGUCCCACGGACACACACUCGACGACGCCGGUGCAUCAGACCACGCACUCGCCGCACUCCCCGCUCCCGAUCUCACCGAGCGCCAGCUCCGGCAUUGGACCACUGGGCUCUGCUGCAGCUGCAGCUGCUGCGGCUACCUUGAACUCCAGCGGUGGCAGCAGCGUGGGCACUGCAGGAUCGGGAGGCGGUGUGGCGGCCAGCAAGACCACACCCACCGGCAAGACAGGCAGGGCGCGUGGCAGGCGCCAUCAGCAGCCAAGUCCCACCAGGAGCACCGCCUCGGAUACCGGGAACAGUGAGGCUGUGAAGCCGCCGGAGAGGGUGUUCGUGUGGGACCUGGACGAAACACUGAUCAUCUUCCAUACGCUGCUCUCGGGCAGCUACGCCAAUCGCUACACCAAAGACCACAGCUCCCUGAUGACCAUCGCCUUCCGCAUGGAGGAGAUGGUCUUCAACAUGGCCGACACCCACUUCUUCUUUAACGAGAUCGAGGAGUGCGACCAGGUGCACAUCGACGACGUCAGCUCCGACGAUAAUGGGCAAGACCUGAGCGCCUAUAACUUUGCCACCGAUGGCUUCCACACGGGCACUCCGCCCGGAGCCCCGCCCAAUCUCUGCCUGCCUACAGGAGUCCGUGGUGGCGUCGAUUGGAUGCGCAAGCUGGCCUUCCGUUACCGCAAGAUCAAGGACAUUUACAACAGCUACCGGGGAAACGUUGGCACUUUGCUGGGACCUGGAAAGCGUGAGGCCUGGCUGCAGAUCCGCUCGGAGAUCGAGGUGGCCACCGACAACUGGGCCACGCUGGCGCUCAAGUGUCUGAGCAUGAUUGCCCAGCGCGAGAAUUGCGUCAAUGUGCUGGUCACCUCCACUCAGCUGGCCCCGGCGCUGGCCAAGGUCCUGCUCUUUGGCCUGGGCAGCAUCUUCAAUAUCGAGAACAUUUACAGUGCGCACAAGAUUGGCCAGGAAACCUGCUAUGAGCGGAUUGUGACUCGCUUCGGGCGCAAGAGCACCUAUGUGGUGAUCGGCGAUGGGGCCGAGGAGGAGUCCGCCGCCAAGGCCAUGAACUUCCCCUUCUGGCGGAUCUCCGCCCACAGCGAUAUUCGUGCCCUGUACACCGCCCUCGAUAUGGGCUUCUUAUGAAAGGCCAAACUUUAAGGCUAUGGCCAACGUAUCGUUGCGGUUUUGAGUACAAACAGCAGAGGAUUUAAUUAAUUUAUUUAAUGUAUAUGUGUGCGUAUGUGUGUAUG